CCUGCGCACGCGCAGAUGUGCUGGCCGUCGGUCACGUGUUCCGCAGCCCGAGCUGGCGAAGCCGGAAGUAGCCUGGAGCGAGAGCAGGCCCGGGAGCCGCUGGCUGUGGCGCGGCGGAGACUCGGUGGUGUGAGGAGAACCAUCUGACAGCCAAGAUGCAGAGCACUUCUAAUCAUCUGUGGCUUUUAUCUGACAUCUUAGGCCAGGGAGCAACCGCAAACGUCUUUCGUGGAAGGCAUAAGAAAACUGGUGAUUUAUAUGCUGUUAAAGUAUUUAAUAACAUAAGCUUCCUUCGUCCAGUGGAUGUUCAGAUGAGAGAAUUUGAAGUGUUAAAAAAGCUCAAUCAUAAAAACAUUGUCAAAUUAUUUGCUAUUGAAGAGGAGACAACAACAAGACAUAAAGUGCUUAUUAUGGAAUUUUGCCCUUGUGGGAGUUUAUACACUGUUUUAGAAGAGCCAUCUAAUGCCUAUGGUCUGCCAGAAUCGGAAUUUUUAAUUGUUUUACGAGAUGUGGUGGGUGGAAUGAAUCACCUCCGGGAGAAUGGCAUCGUGCACCGUGAUAUCAAGCCAGGAAAUAUCAUGCGUGUCAUAGGGGAAGAUGGACAGUCUGUAUACAAACUCACAGAUUUUGGUGCAGCUAGAGAAUUAGAGGAUGAUGAACAGUUUGUUUCUCUGUAUGGCACAGAAGAAUAUUUGCAUCCUGAUAUGUAUGAGAGAGCAGUGCUAAGAAAAGAUCAUCAGAAGAAAUAUGGAGCAACAGUUGAUCUGUGGAGUAUCGGGGUAACAUUUUACCAUGCAGCUACUGGAUCACUGCCGUUUAGACCGUUUGAAGGACCUCGUAGGAAUAAAGAAGUGAUGUAUAAAAUAAUUACUGGAAAGCCUUCUGGUGCAAUAUCUGGAGUACAGAAAGCAGAAAAUGGACCAAUUGACUGGAGUAGAGACAUGCCUAUUUCUUGUAGUCUUUCUCGGGGUCUUCAAGUUCUACUUACCCCAGUUCUUGCAAACAUCCUUGAAGCAGAUCAAGAAAAGUGUUGGGGUUUUGACCAGUUUUUUGCGGAAACUAGUGAUAUACUACACCGAAUGAUAAUCCAUGUUUUUUCGCUACAACAAAUGACAGCUCAUAAGAUUUAUAUUCAUAGCUAUAAUACUGCUGCUGUGUUCCAUGAACUGGUGUAUAAACAAACCAAGAUUAUUUCUUCAAAUCAAGAGCUUAUAUAUGAAGGACGACGCCUAGUUCUAGAACUUGGAAGACUGGCACAGCAUUUCCCUAAAACCACAGAGGAAAAUCCUAUCUUUGUCAUAAGCCGGGAAUCCCCGAGUACCAUAGGGUUAAUAUAUGAAAAAAUUUCCCUACCUAAAGUACAUCCACGUUAUGAUUUAGAUGGUGAUGCUAGCAUGGCCAAGGCAGUGACAGGGGUUGUGUGUUAUGCCUGUAGAAUUGCCAGUACCUUGCUGCUUUAUCAGGAGCUAAUGCGAAAGGGGAUACGGUGGUUGAUUGAAUUAGUUAAAGAUGAUUACAAUGAAACUGUUCACAAAAAAACAGAAGUUGUGAUCACAUUGGAUUUCUGCAUCAGAAACAUUGAGAAAACUGUGAAAGUAUAUGAAAAAGUAAUGAAGGUCAACCUAGAAGCAGCAGAAUUAGGUGAAAUUUCAGACAUACAUACCAAAUUGUUGAGACUUUCUGGUUCUCAGGGUACCAUAGAGAGUGGUCUUCAGGACAUCGACAGCAGCUUAUCUCCAGGUGGACUGCUGGCCGAUACCUGGGCACAUCAGGAAGGCACUCAUCCAAGACACAGAAAUGUAGAAAAACUACAAGUCCUGUUAAAUUGCAUCACAGAGAUUUACUAUCAGUUCAAAAAAGACAAAGCAGAACGUAGACUAGCUUACAAUGAAGAACAGAUUCAUAAAUUUGAUAAACAGAAACUGUAUUAUCAUGCAACAAAAGCAAUGACCCAUUUUACAGAUGAAUGUGUUAAAAAGUAUGAAGCAUUUCUGCAUAAGUCAGAAGAAUGGAUGAGAAAGAUGCUUCAUCUUAGGAAACAGUUAUUGUCUCUAACUAACCAGUGUUUUGAUAUUGAAGAGGAAGUGUCAAAGUAUCAAGACUAUACUAAUGAGUUACAAGAAACUCUGCCUCAGAAAAUGUUUGCAGCCUCCACUGGAGUCAAACAUACCAUGACCCCCAUUUACCCCAGUUCCAACACAUUAGUGGAAAUGACUCUGGGUAUGAAGAAAUUAAAGGAGGAGAUGGAAGGAGUGGUUAAAGAGCUCGCUGAAAACAAUCACAUUUUAGAAAGGUUUGGGUCUUUAACAAUGGAUGGUGGCCUACGAAAUGUGGACUGUCUUUAAUUUUCUAAGUUGGAGAAGUUUCAGUUUGCACAAGAAUGCUGGGGCACUAAAUGAAUGCCUUUAGAGAUGGUCUCUUAUUUCCACAGUUCAGUAUUUCAUGUGGUCAUGUACAUAUGUACAGUAUUGUAAAUACAUAAAAAUAUAUAUAAAUUUUUGGCUGCUGUUCAGAUGUAAUUUUGCCUUUUAACAUUUAUAAAUAGAUGAGGCAGUUUGACCUCCGUGAGCACUAGAAGAAAGCCAUGACCAACCGAUGCAUCAGGAUGCUGCUCCCUCACUCUCCAUGUGAGGCCGGAGAGGUCAUGUUGUUUGGUGCCUAAUGGAAGUAUUUUUUAAGUGCAACCAAAACUGGCAUCCUCAACAAUCAGCACGGACUGGUAGUUGCCACAUUUGUAAAUGGUGGAAUAGCCCUGGUGGCUUUUGUGAGUGGGGAGCAGAACCAAGCACUGUUUUACCAGAAUCAGUUUCUUUGAGAACGAUGAAGUGGCAUUAUUUUGUUUUACAAGGUGCCCAAACCCCAGUUUUCUUGUAUGUUUAAUUUCAGGUGAAUUAUUGACAAAAAAAUUUAAAGCAAAUUAAUUAUUUUAAAAUACUCAUUUUUCCUUUGGCCAUAAAUAUAUUGUCAUUCACAUUCUAGGAUCAUUUCAGUUGUUUUAAGCUAUAUAUUUCUGUACUUUAAUUCUGCUUACUAUUUCAUGGAAAAAAAUAAAUUUCUCAAUUUUAAUGUAAGAAGCUUGUGUGUUCCUC